AUGAACAGCUUGAGCAACAAACUCUUCGGUUGUCAGGUUAAAUUCGUCCUCAUUGUUGGACUUUUGGUAUCCUUGGCCUGGGCACUUCCUGUCGAAGAUGAAAAGGCAUCCCUGGCAGUCAAGGAUGAGGCUGUGAACACCGACGAGUUCGUUGAGGCUGCCCCGGUGGUCGAGGAAGAGGGAAACCUUGGACAGCUGCGAUUCCCCCCAUUCAAUAAUAAUGGAACGGGAUUCUUUGAAAGAUUCGGGGAAAAGUUCAGAAACAAGAAGACUACAACUACAACCACAACCACAACCACAACUACUAAAACUCCCGCUUGAAACUAAGAA